AAGCGUGCCCUAGACGGCUAACUUGGGGCUUUUCUUAGGUUAUGCUGAGUUGAACACUGUCGGGUGCCUAUCGCUCAACGUUCUGUGACGCCGUCGUUCAUCGCGCUGAACAUUCAUCGCUACGUGUCGUCGAUUCCUUUGCCCUUAUUUUCUCACUGAAGAUAUUGUCUCUUUCUCGGCAAGUGAGCAAGUCUCACUCCUCGCCUUUCUCAUUUGAGAGCAGCAAAGCCACUGUGCCGUCGCCGAUCAUCUCAGUAAGAGUUUGUUUUCAAUGGAAGAGGGAAAUUCUCAUUCAAACAAUUUGGUAGAAGAAAAUGGAGCUUCAGAGCUCCAAAGUCAUGUGGAAGGGACAGGUGACCUUUCUCCACCAUCACAAAAAGAGGGAGAUGACAUUAAAGAAGUUUCAAAGAAGAAAAAGAAGAAAGCUAAAAGCAAGAAAAAGAAAGAACCUCUACAGCAGACUGAUCCACCAUCAAUUUCUGUUGUCGACCUUUUUCCAUCUGGAGAAUUCCCUGAAGGUGAAAUUCAGCAGUACAAAGACGAUAAUCUAUGGAGAACCACAUCAGAGGAGAAGAGAGAACUUGAGCGCCUUCAGAAACCAUUAUAUAAUUCGGUUCGUCGAGCAGCAGAAGUUCAUCGUCAGGUUCGCAAAUAUAUGAAAAACAUUAUAAAGCCUGGAAUGCUAAUGAUUGACUUAUGCGAAACAUUGGAGAACACAGUUCGUAAGCUAAUAUCAGAGGAUGGUCUUCAAGCAGGCAUUGCAUUCCCCACGGGAUGCUCUUUAAAUUGGGUUGCUGCUCACUGGACCCCAAAUUCAGGGGAUAAGACUAUACUUCAGUAUGAUGAUGUGAUGAAGUUGGAUUUUGGCACCCAUGUAGAUGGAUACAUAGUUGACUGUGCUUUUACUGUGGCAUUCAACCCAAUGUUCGAUCCACUGCUUGAAGCCUCUCGUGAAGCAACUAAUACGGGUAUUAAGGAAGCUGGAAUUGAUGUGCGCCUUUGUGAUGUUGGUGCCGCAAUUCAAGAGGUCAUGGAGUCCUAUGAAGUUGAGAUUAACGGGAAGGUGUAUCAAGUUAAGAGUAUACGGAAUUUGAAUGGACAUAGCAUUGGCCGCUACCAAAUUCAUGCUGGAAAAUCUGUUCCCAUUGUGAAAGGAGGGGAGCAGACAAAGAUGGAAGAGGGUGAAUUUUUUGCCAUUGAAACCUUUGCUUCAACUGGGAAGGGAUACGUGCGAGAAGACCUGGAGUGCAGCCACUACAUGAAAAAUUUUGAUGUGGGUCAUAUCCCACUGAGAUUGCCUAGAGCGAAGCAACUGUUGGCAACUAUAAACAAGAAUUUCUCUACAUUGGCUUUUUGUAGGCGGUAUUUAGAUCGCCUAGGAGAGACCAAAUACUUAAUGGCACUAAAGAAUCUGUGUGAUUCUGGCAUUGUUCAGCCUUAUCCUCCUCUGUGUGACGUUAAAGGAAGCUAUGUAUCACAAUUUGAACAUACAAUCUUACUCCGACCAACAUGCAAAGAAGUUAUAUCGAGGGGUGAUGAUUACUAAUGCGGAGUUGAAGUGUUUUUUUCCCUCUAAUGUGAUACUCAUUGUACCAUUAUUUUUAUCAACUGUUUUCACUAUACCAUCAACGUCUUAGUUUUAUAACUGCAGAUGUGCCUGCUGAGUUUGACAUUACUCGUUUAAUAAUUGGGACAUAUCUUCAGUCGCUAUAAUAUCAUAUUAGAAAGUCCUCCCUAACAAUGUCAUCUUACUGCUAAGUGUUAUCAAAUUUAUAAAACAUCACCCGUUUAACCUACUUGCUUGUAUAAUGCAAUAUCAUGUGAGAUAUGCAUUGGUGC